AUGGACUUCAUCUCCACUACUACAGCUACUUAUGGAACUUCACCUUCGCAUGGUUAUGGAUUUCAUCUCCGCUGUUGGAUACAGCUACCUAUGGAACUUCUCGAUUCCAAAAAGAUGGGACGCAUUGAUGAUUUUUGGUUGAAGUCCUUACCUAGAAUGAAACAACAUAAUGCGGUGGAGAAUAACGAGAUAAACGCUGAAAAUGUAUUUUUAUUUUGUGAUUUAUCUUGUGAUUUAUUCCGUAGUAGUUUACAAAUCGGUGGAACUGUGAAUAUUAUUCAAGUACAUAAACGCUCCUAUAGGAAUGGUAAACAACCCAUUGAUGAAAUGAUAGCAAUCAGAAGAGGGAAAAAACAAAAGCCUGCCGAAACCACUAUCGAAGAUGGCAAAAGUCAGACUCCAGAAUGA